AUGAUUAUCCCCGUUCGCUGCUUCUCUUGCGGCAAGGUCACCGGAGACCUGUGGGAGCGCUACCUCAAGCUCAUCGACGACGGCAUUACGGAUGGUGACGCGAUGGACCAGCUUGGCCUGAAGCGCUACUGCUGCCGCCGCAUGGUCAUGACCCACGUCGACCUUAUUGAGAAGCUUCUCAAGUACACCCCCGAUGGUCGCAACGAGAAGAAGAUGUCCUUGAACCCAUAA